CUCUUCAGCUGUGCUUCCCCUUUGCUCAGAGCACUUCAGGAGGGAACAGCAAACUUCUUGUCUGGCAAAAGGGCAAGUCUAUUGGGACACAGCCUUCAAGGAUUCCUGCAGCACCUUAACAACUGAAGAGGGUGCCAAAGUCCCUUAGUCUUCUGUCACAAUUGUUAUUUUCAUUUUUACAGUGUCUCUAGACUGUUUCUUAGCCUCUGGUCUCAAUUCACCAUGAUAUGGAAGAAUCUAUUUGUGGAAUUUCUUCUAAUCACAGCCAAUGUACUGUUCUGCUGUGGGGAAAUGCUGAAUAAUGGGAGCAAAGCCAAGGCAACUCAGCCAUUUAACUCCUUGCUGUUUCUUUCUAACCAUCUUUUCACCACUCCUCCACAAAGUAAGGUAGAAGCUUCCUUCACACGGUUUGUUCAUGGAAUUGCACAACCGGCUAACCAAGAAGCAUAUUCAAUUCAGAAAGAAAAAGUGAUAACAGACAAACCAAUGCCAUCAUCAGCUGACAAAAUUACAGACCACACACAGGAAAAAACAACUGUUGAUCCCAAGAUGAUGAGUGCAAAACCAACUGGUCAGCAUAUAGUAUAUACAGUGGUGAAAACUACUGAUGUUGCCAGAGGGGCAGGAAGGCAAACUGAGCCAUUGUUGGAUCGGAUCAGAAGUCAUACAGAAAAUAGAAAAACAUUAGCUACUGAGAUGACAACUUUGCAAGCUGGCUCUCCAAAAGUUCAGAAGACUGCAACUCUUAUCCAACCAGUAGUUAUGGCAAAUACAAAUAAGACUGUGUCUGAAACAGGUCACAUCUAUACCACACAAUCCGCAACAAAAAGAACAACUGGCAUUGUCCACAAGAAUAUAACAUCAGUUGUGUCCACUGCUCCAAAGCCAACAACUCCAGUUGGUCCAACACUUGCUCCAAAGCUCUCUCCAGCUGCAACUGGGACAUAUAGGGUUCUUAAUGGAACUGCAAAUUGCAUCAAAGCAUUGAUGGGCUUGACCCUGAUAGCUAAAAACAGAAAUACAAACCAAAUGGAAUAUUUUAACAUUGAUCCAAAUGCCACUCAAACAACUGGAAUAUGCGGAGCUUUGCUAUCAGUGCUGAAAAUCUCUUUCCAGGAUGGUUUCAUUAGCUUUACCUUUCACAAAAAUGGAGAGGAAUAUUAUGUCAGUUUGGUUGAAGCCACUUUAACAGUACCUUCUGAAGGUGUUCCAUACGUUGGAAUGAAAAGUGAUAAGCUUUUCUCCGUUCAAGUGGGGAAUUGCUUUAAAUGUGCCAGCCCACAAACUUUGGACAUGUCUGAGGAUCUUCAGCUGCUGGUUGAGAAUUCUCAGCUUCAAGCCUUCGAUGAUAUUGGUGAUACGUUUGGGACAGCGGAAAUGUGUGCCCUUGACAGAAACAAGAAACUGAUACCGAUCACCGUGACCCUCAGUCUUGUAGGAUUAUUUAUCAUUGUGCUUGUCACCUGCGUGAUCUACAGAAGAAAACCAAUCAGUGGAUAUGAGAGUAUCUGAAAAUCUGAACACUGAUUUUACUGCAGGAUAUCAGCAGUACAAAUUAUGAGGAAUGGAAGAUUCUGCUUGUUUGGCAAUGGCUGUCAUUAUUUUAAGAGAUAUUAAUUAUGUUGCCUAUCUGAAGUUGUUUCUGCACAUGUAUUUAAAAAACAAAUGUAUUUUGUCAUUGUUUUGCAUUUGUAUCCUGCUCUAUGCUUAAAACCCAACUGUUACCAAUUUAAAAUAUCUUUGGCCUGUUACAGCCUUUAAUAUGGGCACUUUUUAAUUAAUCAACAAUUGUCUUCUUUUAUUGAGAUUUUUAAAAAGGAUAUUUUCAAUAAAUAUACUUACAGAAUUGG